GGUUGUAUCUCUCUAGGUCAUGCCAGUCAGCAGAUGGCGAUGUGUGAAUUUAAGGCAAUGCUGUUAGUGUGACGUAUAAUCUAGUGGACGGAACGCUUCUUUCAACAGCAACAACAGUUCGUCAGCCACCUCGGUAGCUUGCUAGACAAAAUAGCCGAAACAAUAAAGCUCUUUAGACGCUUUCGUUGAUAUUAGCCACUGUGUUUUAAAACCUACUUCUGUGGUCUAGUUAGUUAUCGGAUUGAAUUCUAUAUUAAUGGUGUUGUUGUUAUUAUUCAGCUAGCGGGCUGGUUAAGUUAGCAUUAGCCUAGCUAGGUAACAUCUCCAACCAUGAGGUUACUAAGCUACUCUCCUUCUGCUAAAGAAGAGGUCUGCUGGACGGAGGAAGACGUUAUCGUGAAAAGGGAGGAGGAAGAUGAGACUGUUUCAAUACAAAAACAAGUAGAGGGUGAGGCUGUUACCGUGAAGGAAGAAGUGAACGACGUUACAGUGAAGGAAGAGAAAGAGGAUGAUGCUGUUUUUGGAGUGAAAGAGGGGGAGGGGGAGAUGACUGUCACAUCGAAAAAGGAGAAGGAAGAAGAGGAGGGAACUGGAUAUCUGCGCCUGGUUUCCCAAAUGCAUCUUAAGGCAUCCAAUAGUUCUAACGAUGAACGGGCCCUGAUUAACACUAGAGAGAGAUGUGACUAUCGUGGAUCCUCUGGGGAUGCUGAUGAGGCAGAGAAGAGUCUCUCCACAUCAGAACUCCUCAAGAAACAUCAGCAGAGACCCACAGGGAAGAAAUCUCAUUGCUGCUCUGACUGUGGGAAACGUUGCAAAUCUUUAUCAGAACUUAAAAUACACCAGCGAGUACAUACAGGAGAGAAACCUUAUAGCUGUGAUCAAUGUGGGAAGAGUUUUACUCAGUCAAGCUCCCUGAAAUCACACCAUAGAACACACACUGGAGAGAAACCUUUUGUCUGUUAUCAAUGUGGGAGGAGUUUUACUCAGCUAGGCAACCUGAUAGGACACCAGCGGGGACAUACAGGUGAGAAACCUUAUAGCUGUGAUCAAUGUGGGAAGAGUUUUACUACAUCUAGCUAUCUAACUAUACACCAGAGAACACACACCGGACAGAAACCUUAUGGCUGUGAUCAAUGUGGGAAGAGUUUUACUCAGCUGAGCAGCCUGAUAGUACACCGGCGGGGACACACAGGAGAGAAACCUUAUAGCUGUGAUCAAUGUGUGAACAGUUUUACCUCAUCUAGCUAUCUAACUAUACACCAGAGAACACACACUGGAGAAAAACCUUAUUGCUGUGAUAAAUGUGGGAAGAGUUUUACUCAGCAAAACGGCUUGAUAUCACAUCAGAGAACACACACAGGAGAGAAACAUAGCUGUGAUCAAUGUGGGAAGAGUUUUACUACAUCUAGCUAUCUAACUAUACACCAGAGAAUACACACAGGAGAUAAAUCUCAUGGCUGUGAUCACUGUGGGAAGAGUUUUAUUCGGCUACAAACCCUGAAAUCACACGAGAGAAUACACACUGGAGAGAAACCUUAUAGCUGUAAUCAAUGUGGGAAGAGUUUUACUCAGCAAAACGGCUUGAUAUCACACCAGAGAACACACACAGGAGAGAAACCUUAUAGCUGUGAUCAAUGUGGGAAGAGAUACUCUGAUAAAAGAUCUCUGAUUAAACAUCAUAAAAUACAUGAAAUUGUUUCAUGAUAUCAAUGAAAUGAUGUCACAUUGUAGAAUGUUUUAACAUUGUAGGAGUAUUUUAAUGAUGUCACAAUGUAGAACCCUAAACGUCUGUCCCCCUGUUCAGUUAAAUUGAUUUUAGCCCCAGGGGAAAAAAUCCAGGCUAUGAAUUGAAAUAGUAUUAUUUAUGAGAUUUAUCAAAAAGUGACAAACAAAAAAUGUGUUGUGUUACACUUACCACGUUGAUGACCCACUUGGAUCAAAAUGCAACACUUCAAAAUGUUUAGGUUUUCAAUAUAUCCCAAACUGUUUCUGCAUAUUGAUUAUUGAUUUGGACACGUUAAACCUGUGUUUUGACAUUGCACUAUUCCCAUUUAGCAAAAUGUAAUUGAAAAGACGUUUGGAAAUAAGACUAUGCCCAAUGUCCAAUAUAUGUUUGGUUGAAAAUGAAAGUUGAAAAGAUGUCAUUUUUUCAAUGACUUGAAAACAGUUUAAUUUCAAUGUACUUGCAGCUUAUACACCUAUAAUCAAUUUUUAUUAAAAAUCUUACAUCACCCCAGAAUUUCUUGACAACA